CUUGUCUGGGAUCCAGUGAUGCUGAAUCACCGAAAUGAUGACUUUGUUAGAAAACGCGAGUCGACAAAGACAAGCGUCGUACGAAGGGAAAGUAUGGCGCAGGACACCAUACUAGGAAAGUGUAGUGGUAGGAUGGCCCGUGCGUUUUGAUGGGGCAAUUUACCCCCUUAGUUAUACUUCCGUUCGAGUUUAAAAACCUUCGUAGCAACGAUUGCCCCACCUCAGAGCUUCGCCCACGAAGUCUGAGGUGAGGAUCUUAUACCUUCCUUAUUUUAUGUGAUAUACUUACUCUGUACCUAGCAUUUGGUUUAUAUUAGGUACGCGAAUACAUUCUCAGAGCUUCGCCCACGAAGUCU